AUGUUCCUCACUUGCACCAAAUUAGGCGAGAAACAUUCAGCAGAGCAGGCACGACGGGAGUUCAGACGGUGGAGCCUAGCCGCCAAAUUGAGCAUCCUGAUCCCUGCACACGUGAUGGAGGCCCUGUGGCGGCUUCGCGAAUGCACCCAGGAGUGCCAGGGGCCCAGGGGGUGCCCGCCUGAUCUCGACCACUCGACCUCCGACAGGGCAGCCCCCCAAGCGGGACUGAUUUUGCCGUUGCUAAACAAGGAGAAGACGCCAUCCUGGCAAUCUGUGCCUGUGUCUCCGUCCAAGGCAGUGCCGAAGAACUACUUUCAACCUACGCCUUUCAUCACCGACCAUAGCUACCUUAUCGCGCGGAUCGGAGGUAGUUCAUCAACCGUGAGGAGCUGUCGCAGCCCUCCCCCCGACGCCGUCGACCCAAUAACCCCAAACGCACCCGCGAACUCCGUCCGUCACUCGUCCUCCUUCAUGGCCAGCUAG